AGCGGCACCAAAGCGCAGCUGUCGGAUCACUUUCGCCAUGCUGAAAACUCCAACAACAUCGAGGGUCUCCCUCCUCAUCCCCAUCCUGGCCUGCACGUUGAUCUACGCAGCUGCAGUGGAGAGUACCUUUGUUCCAACAAGAUGUAUGUGUCCACAAACAAGCAAAGUCAUCCGCCAUGCCACUGAUUUUGUGGUUUACAAAAAGGGAGUGCACUGCAGCAGCGACGAGAUUGUGAUGACGCUGAAAACGGGCGAGCAGCAGUGUCUCAGUGCACAGGGCCAACAGGGCAGACGCUUGAUGCAGUGCUGGGACAGGGUAAAUGAGACAGGAGGUGACAAGAAAAAGUGUCUCAAGAUAAAGAGGAAUCGGACGAAGAAUAAAAGGCAGAAGAAGCGUCCGACUUCCUGAUGCCCAAUAAGCGACACCAGCUGGGAGCUGCAGAAAGGGAUGAGGGAGAAGAGAAGGCUGAAACGUCCCUCAGGACGCACGGAAUGCAGAGCCUCAUCUGUGGAAAGGGCUCCUCCAGAAGGGACUGCAUCGCACUGUUGGAACCUGUGCCCCGUGGCAGAACCAGAGCGAAACUGAAGCCAUGCAAAGAGUGAGCCCAGAAGCAUCCGUACUGUGAAUUACUUUCCCAUGUGGUUGAGGUACCUCCUCAGUAGCAAAAACUGGUCAGCCCGGUUUUGGCUGAUCACAGUAACAGUUUCAUAAUUUAUGGACACUCAAUGAGUUGUAAAUGUUUUGAGAGAAAAAGCACACGGCUGAAGCUUGAUGUUAAACAUAAUGUUCUGAAGUUUGUAUUUUUACUGUAUCACCAAUGGUUUCUUACUGCAUGUAUCCGUAUGUUUUGCUGAUUACACGUGCCAGUAAUAAAGGUUUUAACUGA